AAACCACUUGGCCCCAAACACCAUAUAGUGCAUGCCUUUGCCUGCUGCCUUUUCUUUUCUUUUAUUUAUUUACUUAUUCAUUUUUGGCUGCCUGGGGUCUUCGUUGCUGCAUGUGGGUUUUCUCCAGUUGCGGAGAGCGGGGGCUACUCGUUGUUGCGGUGCGCUCGGGCUCUAGGCGUGGGGCUUCAGUAGUGGCGCAGGAGAUUUGGUGCUCCGCGGCACGUGGGGUCUUCCCUGACCAGGUCUCGAACCUGUGUCCCCUGCAUUGGCAGGCGGAUUCUUAACCACUGUGCCACCUAGGAAGCCCCUUCCUGCCUUCUUAAGAAAGUUAAGGCUAAGCUGGUGAGCCAGACCUGUAACAAGACUUUGGAAUUUCCCUGCAUAGAGACUAGAUCAGGAUUUUUUUAAGUCGGAAACUAAUUUGAGUUCACUUCAGAAUUCCUUAUUUGGUGCACAAGUCUGGCUAUUCAACAGAGAUUUCAGCUUUGCAAGUGAGUUCGAGUUGAUUUCUUCCCUUGGAAACUGCUAGUUGGUGGUGGUCAGCAGAAGUCUCAACAUAGACAUAGGUGAGGAAGGUUCUUGCUGAGACUCAACCCCAAGAAAACCCCAAAGGAGCACCCUGAGAACUGAUUUCAGGAUGCAGCUGCAGGGGCGAAGAAGUGCUUUUAACACCAACAAAUGCUGCCCUUUGACCAACAGAUGCAGGAGGAGUCUUCUUCCAAAUACUGCAGCCCUUGAGGUGAGAAUCUGGCUUCUAAGAGGGCAACUUCCUCUCCUGCUGCUGUGCUCAAGUCUGCAGAGACCCACGGUCGCAGUUAAAAUUGACUUUGACUUGGCACCCGGUUCCUUUGAUGAUCAGUACCAAGGCUGCAGCCAACAAGUCAUGGAGGACCUGAUUCAAGGGGAUUAUUUUACGAAAGAACUAGAAUCUCGUAGGAAUUACCACAGGGUCUGGCAACGUGCACACUUAGACUGGUUGACACAAGGAAAAGCUCUCCCUGAGAACAUGACUGUUACACAUGCUGUGGCCAUCUUGGUUUAUUCGUCGAACGGCAGUGUUCGUUCAGACUUCUCCAGAGCCAUGGCCAGUGCUGCUGGGUCUCCCCAGCAAUAUAAACAUUCAUUCCAUUUCAAAUAUCUACACUACUACCUGACCACGGCAAUCCAGCUGCUGAGGAAAGAGAUUGUCACAAGGAAUGACUCUCUGUGUUAUGAGGUGCACCAUGAGGUGAAGGGCGUUUACUUGGAAGCCCCCAUGAGUGCCACCAUUCGCUUUGGCCAAUUCCUCUCCACCUCUUUCCUGAGAGAAGAGGCACAGAAGUUUGGGGACCAAACUCUAUUUACCAUAUUGACCUGCCUGGGGGCACCUGUACAAGACUUCUCUCUCAAAAAGGAGGUCCUGGUCCCUCCGUAUGAGCUGUUUGAAGUUGUAAAUAUGAGCUACCACCCAAGAGGAAAUUGGUUGCAAUUGCAGUCAACUGGGACCCAGAGUGCGUAUAACUGUCAGCUGCUAAAAGGAACUGGGAUAGGAGGACCCAGGCGAUACAAAAUGAAUAAAGCAAAAUUACUAUCCUAAGGAGGAUUUUUAGUCUAAUGAGAAGUGGAAAUAUGAACAAGUGUCUACACACAAAAGCACUAAGUAUACACCAGACGUUUAAGCAAUGGUUAUGGUUGCUCGGUGAAGGAAGACGCUCGUUCUCUCUGGGGAAAGUGAGAAGCCUUCACAAUAGGAGACCACGUGGGACUUGAAGUAGGAAUGGGGGUUUUCAAUGAAAAAAGAGAGAAAAAGUCAUUUCAAGCAGAAAAAGCAUAUACUGAAUCACAGAGAUUUCAAACAGCCUGGUAUCUUCAGGGAAAUUUUGAAAUUCUGGAUGGCUGGAAUGUAGGGUGUGUAGGACAGAGGAAGAGGCCAAGAGUAGAAAGGAAGUAGGACACUGAUAGGGGCUGGAGAGUUCUGAUGGGGCCAGAUUGCUUAAAAAAAAACUCUUGUAUUCCAUGCCAAGGACUUUCAAACUUCAUGCUGUAAGUAGUGAGAAACCAUUAGAAGUCUAUAAGGAAUGGAGUAUCAAUCAGAUCAGUGUUGUAGCAAGAGCUUUGAUGAUAUUGUGAAAAAUGAACCAAAGCAGGAGAAAUUAGAGUUAUCACAAUAAAAAUACGUGUUAGUCUCUUUUAGAAAAACAUGUGGCUGAUUCCAUUUUAUCUUUGUAUGUUGCCAGCCACAGUCGUUUGACGGAGCAAAUGCUGUGCAAAUUCGAUAGCAGAUGCCGUACCCUGUUUGAUCCAGAAAGAGGAAGACUGUCCUUAUCCACAUGCGCAUUCGUUUACACUCAAAGUCAACUGCAACCCAGCUACAGGGUCUACCUUUGAAAUAUUCCCGAAUCUUCCUCUACUCCAUCAUCACUGCUGCUGUUAAUAAUUCAGCCUGU